AUGGAAAGAUAUCGCCUUAGAAGUGCCCCAAAAGACAGACAGCGAACCCUCCUCCUCCCGCUAUCAUAUGGCGUCUCGUCUCUAGCUUUACUGCAUAUGUUGAGCAGCAUUCUUGCAAGACAGCGCUUGAUCGGUCAGCACCGCACAGCGUUCGAUUUACACAUUGUCGUAGUCAAUCCCGCCUCACUUGAGCCUUCGGGAUCUUCUCACAUGCCUGAGAGAUUGGAUCAGCUCAGAGCAGCCUAUCCAGCCAACAAAUACACGGAGCUUCCUCUUCAUAGCAUCCUUGAUUAUGACACCGAUACUAGGGGCGUUUUUGCCCAAUGUUUACGCCUUUCUAUCGCAGAAAGUUCCCACGUAUCAAAUGAGGAGGCUAUGAACUUGUUUCGAGCUUCAUUUUCAACUACAACCGCGCGAGCAGAUGUUGAUAGAAUUCUCCUUAGGCGGCUUAUAGUUGCAUUUGCCCAGAAUCAAGGAUGUGAUGGAAUUCUAUGGGGCGACUCAGAUAGUCGGCUUGCAGCAAAGACGUUGGCAAAUGUUGCCAAAGGCAGGGGUUCCUCCAUCGUUUGGGAUGUAUGCGAUGGGGUAUCUCCCUGGGGUAUUUAUUUUUCCUUUCCUUUGAGAGACUUGUACAAGACUGAACUGGAAUUAUUCGCAUCUUAUACACUUCCUCACCUUGAGCCAAUUAUCGAACGAGACGUACAAGAUUUUGAAUCGAUCUCAAACCGAAACAUGUCAAUUGAAGACUUGAUGUCGCGGUACGUUUUAACUCAAGGGGCCAAAUAUCCAGGUGUUAUGGCGAAUAUUGUUCGCACUAUCGAUAAGCUGAAGACGCCUCCAACUGGUGGUGAAAGUCGGUGUGUUUUAUGUGGCGUUCCGGUCGGUGCAACAGAUAAUUAUAUAAUCAGUAGCGAACACUUUGAUACUACCAUAUUGGAUCAGCUACCUAAUUGCUAUGGGUGUAUGAGAACUCUUCUGGAUUUGAGGACGACAGUCACUGCUUCCAGAUAG